CGCCGCUUGGUGGGUUUUAGAUAUAGGAAUUAGGAACUGAAGAACUGAUAACCCCCAUCGUCCAUGCCGCCUCAGCAAUCACUGACGCUCUUCUCUCCAAAUUCCCUGCACUUGCACUGAUGAGGAUAGGUCUUUUCCGAACUGGUCUGCUUACUGGGCUUAAUUGAGCUAGGAAGGUGUAAUACCUAAAAGUGCAACUUUAUAGCUUGAGAGAGUCCAAUCAGUAUACCUGAACAACUAAGAUGGUAUAUUUAGCUACUCUGCAGAGUAAUAUUUUCAGCUCCCAUUCUUUGAAAGGUCUGUUUGGUGGUAACAAACAAGAGAGCUGUACUUUGGGUGCUAGUUUUGCUUUGGAUCUUAGUUCAAGAAAAAAACCACCUACCCUACCCCGAUUAUGUUUUGGUGAUUACUUCUGUACAACUAAAUAUUCCUCUCCGUGGAAAGGGUUGCGGUGUAGAAGUUUUCAGGGAAGUGUUUUAAUUGAUAGAAUUAAUGAGGUUGGCCAUGAAGAUUGGGGCUUUGGGAGGGAUUAUGUUGGUGAAAGGAGAAAACCCGGGGAGCUAGUGGAUUCAAACAAGUCACCAGAGGGAACUAGUGUAGACUCUCCAACUUUGUCACCAGAGGGACCAUUUGUUCAUAACGAUGAAAUGACCAACAAUAAAAUUCUUCAGAGGCUCUGCAGUGAGGGAAAGUUAACAGUUGCGGCAAGGUUGAUUGAUAUCAUGGCACGGAAAAGUCAAAUACCCCAUUUCCCUUCUUGCACAAAUCUGAUCCGAGGUUUUAUUAGAAAAGGUCUUGUAGAUAACGCUUGCAAAACCAUGAACAAAAUGGUCAUGUCUGGUGNNAUUCCUGACAUAAUUACAUACAAUAUGGUUAUUGGUGGCCUGUGUAAAAAAGGUCGUUUAAGAUCUGCUGUAGAUCUGGUAGAAGAUAUGAGCUUGAGUGGUUGCUCCCCAGAUGCAAUUACUUAUAAUACAAUAAUUCGCUGCCUAUUUGAUAAGGGGAAUUUUAAUCAGGCUGUUAAUUUCUGGAGAGACCAAUUGAGAAAAGGCUGCCCUCCUUAUCUCAUUACCUACACGGUGCUUAUUGAGCUGGUCUGUAGAUAUUGUGGGGCUGCUCGAGCCCUAGAAGUACUGGAAGAUAUGGCAAUGGAAGGCUGUUAUCCGGAUAUUGUUACAUAUAACUCUCUUGUAAACUUGACUUCUAAACGAGGGAAAUACGAGGAUACUGCUUUGGUUAUAUUAAAUCUUCUAUCCCAUGGGAUGCAGCCCAAUGCUGUGACAUACAAUACUCUCAUCCACUCUCUCAGUCGACAUGGAUUCUGGGAUGAAGUUGAUGAUAUUGUGAAGAUUAUGAACGAGACUUCCUGUCCACCUACACCAGUUACGUACAAUAUUCUACUAAACGGUUUAUGUAAAUCUGGACUUUUGGAUCGUGCCAUUAGCUUCUACAGCACAAUGGUUACUGAGAACUGUUCACCAGACAUUAUAACGUACAAUACUCUUCUUGGUGGUUUGUGUAAGGAGGGGUUUAUAGAUGAGGGCAUCCAGUUACUUAACUUUUUGGUAGGUACUAGCUGUUCUCCUGGGUUGGUCACCUAUAAUAUUGUAAUUGAUGGGUUGGCUAGAAUGGGAUCUAUGGAGUCGGCAAAAAAUUUGUAUGAUGAAAUGGUGGGAAAAGGAAUCGUUCCUGAUGAAAUUACUCACACUAGUUUGAUUUGGGGGUUUUGUGAGGCAGACCAACUUGAGGAAGCUACGGAGCUACUAAAGGAGAUAUGUAAGAAAGAACAAAAGAUUAAAAUUACUGCUUAUAGAUGUGUAAUCCUUGGAUUAUGCAAACAAAAGAAGGUUGAUAUUGCUAUUCAAGUUCUAGAUUUGAUGGUAAAAAGUCAAUGCAAACCAGAUGAAUGGAUAUAUUCUGCUUUAAUUAAAGCUGUUGCUGAUGGGGGCAUGCUAAAAGAGGCUAAUGAUUUGCAUCAGACCUUGAUCAAAUGGAAGAUUCUGAAAGAGAAAAUCAUGUUGAAUUAAUUGGAGCUUGUGCCUAAAGAUUGGCCAAAUUUAAUACUUCUGGCCAUGUACAGAUUAUAAGUUCCUAUCAGGUACAGGGUAUUUGCCAAUGUAGGAAAGCUUAUUGGGAAGUUUUGACAGAUACUCCCGUGGGACUUAAAGGUUCAACAGUAUCGGUUAAUACUGUCACUCAUCAUGAACUAAAAUUUCGGUAGUUGAAGUUGACAUGAACAUGUACUCAUGUCAAGUUAUUUUUAAUGUCAAUCUAAUCUUCUAGUUUGUGGGUUUUAGUUAACUCGUUUAGGAUAAACAGUAAGUUUUGAUCCUUAUGUUAGUUUAGGUAGUUAUAAGUUCGUUUCUCUUGACUAGUCAUAAUACACUUUAUGAGCGGUUUUUACCAUCUAAAUUUUAGGGAAGGAAAUCUUUUAUUCUGCUGCGAACAUCCAUCUGAUCUUGGCAGCUUUUUUUAUUUAUUUAUUUAUUUUACUUUUCGCUCUAAAGAUUUUUGUUCAAAGGUGCGAAGGUUGAGCAGAAGAAACAUGGAUGCGAACUUGCGCUAUUGGAUCCAAAUUGGAAUUGUGCAGUUUGUAACUCAUCAAUCCUGAAUUCCUGAUACAAAAUAGAUGUUCAGGUAAUGAUGCUAUUUUCGUUCAGAGAAAUCGGGCUAAGAAUCCUCUUGAAUAUGUAAAGAGGAUUUAUUUCAUUAAGAAAAAGGUGCAAACAAUAUUGGGGGUCUCAACUUUUUUUUUUUUU